AUUUAAGUAAAUUCUUAUACGUUAAGAGGAUCGAACACGUUUCAAUCUUUCUCUUCUUCCCUCUUGUCACAGUUUUUUCCUCUGCCCUGCCGGAAGAAACGAAUUGUCCCACCGAUUCCUGGUGUGUUCCAGGUGGUAAUCGGAAAUUAUGAGGUGGUUCUGGAUUAUCGUGCUAAUAGCUCUGGCGCUGCCAGCAGCCGUGCCACGAAAGACGCAUCGCAGCAAACCGACGCCGAGGCUGUACGGGGAGAGGGUGCCUGUCAAGUUGCUGAGAACGAGCAACAGCAAGGUCCGUCAGAAGAUCGUCGACACCCAUAACUAUCUUCGCACCCAGGUCAAGCCCCCAGCUGCUAAUAUGCUGGCCAUGAAAUGGCAUCCAGGCUUGGCCAAAGCUGCGCAGAGAUGGGCCAAUCGAUGCCUUGGAUUGGUACACGACAACGCGACUGGCCUAUAUUUGGACGGUUUUGGGCAGAGCGGACAGAACAUCUUCAUUACGACGAGAAGGACACUGUGGAAUUUCCCGAUCAGGAUGUGGUACAUGGAGUACAAAGAUUACAAAUACGGCGACGACGAGGGGAACGAUCUACACGAGAUCGGGCAUUACACCCAAAUCGCGUGGGCGACCACGCAUCUGGUUGGAUGCGGCGUGAGCCACUGUACCGGUGGCCGAGGACCACUUGGCAAGGAUUUCUUUAUGUACGUCUGCAACUAUGCCCCGAGCGGGAAUUACAAAGGUCGGCUGGGCCACCCGUACGUUGCCGGGAAACCGUGCACCAUGUGCAAGGACCACUGUUCGAGGAACAAGCUUUGCACGAACGCGUGCCACUACGUCGAUCUCUGGUCGAACUGCGUCGAGCUGGCGAGGAUGUUUCGCUCGUGGGUCUGCGAGACGAACACGAGCGAGGGCCGCGAGCGGCGGAAGUUCUGCGGCGCAACGUGCAAUUGCGAGGGCAAGAUCUACUAUCACCACGGGUAGUGAACCCUUCCAACCCUUUCCUUCGCCCCCAUCCUCGCGUCGAUUCAUCGUUCGCUCAUCCUCCCCUCCUCUCUCGGGACGUAAGGUCGAUACGAUGCGAAAUAAUUUCGAGGUUUUGGAGGCGAGACGGGUUCCACAGGCCUUCGAGACUUGGAACAACGGGGAAAUUGUA